AUGUCUGUCAAGUCGAGUUCUUCAAUGGGCUUGAGUGCUCCAAGUUUCGGGCAAGUUACAAAAUGGAUUAUUGGUUUGGUGGUAGUCUGGUAUGCGGGCAAAAAGUUGUUCACUGGACACGGUGAAGAUAUCAACUUCGGCAAGUUUCUUACUUCCACGUCACCAUACUUUUGGGCCAAUUUGGGUAUUGCAUUGUGUAUUGGAUUGAGUGUUGUGGGUGCUGCCUGGGGAAUUUUUAUUACCGGUGCGUCGAUUAUUGGUGCCGGUGUACGUGCACCCAGAAUAACCACCAAGAAUCUUAUAUCCAUCAUUUUCUGCGAAGUCGUGGCCAUCUACGGAUUGAUCAUGGCAAUUGUCUUUUCUUCUAAGGUUACAGUUGCCUCUAAAGAAACCAUGUUUUCAAAAUCCAACCUUUAUACCGGGUACUCUCUUUUCUGGGGGGGACUUACCGUCGGUGUUUCUAAUCUUAUCUGUGGUGUAGCAGUUGGUAUUACCGGUGCAACGGCAGCCGUUUCCGAUGCGGCCGAUUCUUCGCUUUUCGUCAAAAUCCUGGUGAUCGAGAUUUUCGGCUCCGUUUUGGGGCUGUUGGGAUUGAUCGUUGGUCUCUUAAUGACCGGUAAAGCUACCGAGUUCCAGUGA